AUGGCGGUGGCUGAGAAUGUUGGAACAAAAAUCGACGCUUCCGGUGACAAUUUGGACAAGAGUGUGGUUUCAUCGGACUCAACUGAUGUUGAGAAAUCCAAACCCAAGAGCGAUCAGAAUCUGAACACCAACGGUGUUCCCACUGUUGUUGUUCCAAAUGGUAAUCAUGGGUUCAAGAGUCAUCAGAUGGGUCAGAUGCAUGGGAAUGGUGUUCAGAAUCAGAUUCUGGUUGUUAACCAUGGGGGCGAGAGUUUCAAGCGUGAAAUGAGGGAUUUGGAGGAGUUGUUGUCAAAGUUGAAUCCGAUGGCCGAGGAAUUUGUUCCUCCCUCACUGGUAACUAAUUAUCAGGGAUAUUUAGCUGCUGGACCUAAUGCUGGGUUUGGUUACCGUAACAAUUUUAUGAUUCAGAACAACAGUUCUGUCGAUGCCAAUGGACAGAUUAACAGAAGGAGGAAGAAUGGAUAUAAUAAUGCCAAGCGGAGAGUGAAUCAUAAGAUGGAUAUGGAGAAGAGAGAAGAGAUGAUUAGGAGGACUGUUUAUGUGUCUGACAUUGAUCAGCUGGUCACUGAAGAGCAGCUGGCAGCUCUCUUUCUUAACUGCGGUCAGGUUGUUGAUUGCCGUGUAUGUGGGGAUCCCAAUUCUAUUCUUCGGUUUGCCUUCGUCGAGUUUACAGAUGAAGUCGGUGCUAGGACUGCUUUGAACAUGUCUGGAACCAUGCUCGGAUAUUAUCCAUUGAGAGUGCUCCCUUCGAAGACUGCCAUUGCACCUGUUAAUCCAACAUAUCUGCCUAGGUCUGAAGAUGAAAGAGAGAUGUGCACUAGAACAAUUUAUUGCACAAAUAUCGACAAGAAGCUUACUACAGCUGAUGUCAAACACUUCUUUGAAUCUCUUUGUGGAGAGGUUCAACGCCUGAGGCUUCUUGGGGAUUACCAUCAUUCGACUCGAAUUGCUUUUGUGGAGUUCACCGUGGCUGAGAGUGCAAUUGCAGCACUGAGCUGUAGUGGCGUGGUUUUGGGUGCACUUGCUAUAAGGGUGAGUCCAUCCAAGACACCAGUUCGCCCUCGCGCAACCCGUCCUCCCAUGCACUGA